UUUGUUACCAAGAUGACAUUGUGGCUAUUAUUGUUAUUUUUAUGUACGGCUGUUGCGGCGACGACGAACCCUCCGUGGAAGAACCCAGAGUACGAGACAAUGCAAAACAUCACAAACGUUAUAGGAAAUGGGUACACGACCUACCUUGUCUAUGAAGGGACAUUUGAUCAAGAUGUUUUGAUUCAAAAUAAUGUUUUUUGCCUCAUAAUGCGGGUGGCUGAUUUUUUAGGAGGGCUCACAGUUGCAUAUAGAAGAUACAAGGAGCAAGUCGGGGAAAGACAAAAGGAAAUGGAUUUAUAUCUCGAGCCACAAAAAGACCAGGAAUAUAACGUAGACAAUUAUAUGAAUGUUGAGGAUGAAGACUUCGAAGAAGUAGCGCAGAUGUACCUCGUAUACACUGAUUACUCAUCAUGCGCGUUGUUCUACUAUGACGGAGAAGACGAGUACGAGCUCUGGUUAUACGAAAAACCAGAUGGCAUCGCAAGCGCUUGUGAACUUCUCCUUGCAAUGUUGUCGGACAAAACACGGAAUGUGCACUACACGAACGACUGCAGCUAA